AUGCAACGCUAUUCCCUAGAGGUGCUCGCUGAGGAAUGUCAAGGAAUGAUGGAAGAGAACUCGUCCGAAUGCUCUUCUCUUAAAGACUCCUCGGAAAAAUCGCCGAAAUGCAUCGACAAUACGCUGAAGGAUUUCUCGAAGUAUCAGAUUGUCCUCCUUGUCCUUACACAACUCGGCUAUUUACCGAUUGCCGCUUGUCUGCUUGUUACCUCGAUUUUCAGUCCACCAGCGGGCUAUUGUGGCAAAAAUGGGACAAUAAACGCUGAAAUUGAGCUCGAUUUUCACUCGCUGCUACUGGAGUGGGACUUGGCGUGUAAACAACCGAAUGUCAAGAGCAUCGUCUCCACAGCAAUCAUGUUGGGCGGCUUGGCCGGCGCUUUCCUCACCGGCUACAUCGCUGACACUUAUGGGAGAAGGCCGGCCAUUUUGGGUACCCUCCUGUGCAUCUCGUUCGGCUGUCUCGUCGUUUCUCUCGUCGGCGAGCUCAACUGGAUCUUCACCACCGCCAUUCUGGGUGUUCUCGGCGCCGCCUGUGGUGGAUAUAUGGUGGUGAAUUUGACUCUGGUGGUCGAAUUUUUGUGCACAUCGAGAUCUCGGCUUUUGGUCGUUUGUGUAAACGGCUGGCCCUUAUCAAUGGCGAUGACGGCCGGGUUGGCGUAUUUUUCGGCGCAUUGGCGGCCGUAUUUUCUCACGACCGCCUGCAUCGCCUCACUCGUCUUCAUUUCAUUGUACCUUUGGUCAAUGGAAAGCGUGCGGUGGUUGGCGUCGAAGAAUCGGGUCCGCGACGCGGUCAACGUCGCCCAAAAAGUCAUCAAGAAAAACGGUGCCGCUGAUGGAGCUGAAUUCUUGCUUCAGGCUGCUUCUCGUGGGAAAACCCGCGAAUCGGAGCACACAAAGAAUUAUCUGUAUCUGGAUUUGUUGAAAUUCCGGAGCAUUCGGAAACCGCUUCUCGCGCUCACGUAUUGUUUCGUUUCGUCGAGUAUCGUCUCAUUUGGUUAUUAUCUGUUCAUCGAUACAAUUCCCGGAAAUCGUCUUACGAAUUUUGCGUUCUUUUGCGGCCUCAUCCCGUUUCUCUUGUCAUUCGUCGGGCGUCGACCCCUCGUUCUCUUGUCUUUAGGAGUCGCCUGUACAGCUAGCUACUCGAUUUUGGCAAUUUAUUUCCUCGGCCUACCGUCGACGAGUUGGCUGUACGGUGUUUUGUCGGUGAUCGCCGCCGCUUCCAUUGAUCCGGCUUGGAAAGUGAACCACCUCUACUCGGCUGAGCUCUUCCCGACGGCUGUGCGAACGAUGGCGCGAGCUGUGUGCAAUAUUGGAGGCCGAUUGGGCAGUGUCGCUGCACCCUGGGUUGUCAGCCUCGAUUCUUUCUCGUUCAUCGCCCCCUACUCGGCUUUCACCGUUUUCCUCAGCGUUCAAUGGAUCGUUUCGUUGUGUUUCCUGCCUGAGACCAGGAAUCAACCGUUAGUGGAAAGAAUAAUCGAAGAAGAAAAUGGACCAGAGUUUAAUGAUCACACGAAUUUGGCGAUGGAAGGAGGAACGGAUUUGGAGAAAUCACCGGAGAAACCGAAAAUUCGAAUUGAAAUGUGC